AUGUCUCAAAGAAUAGGGAAUUCAGUGCUGGCACUUACGCGAGUAUGGCAUCAUGUUGACGUAGCAUCAGAUCAUAGAACAUUAGGUAGACUAGCAUCACAAAUUGCAAUCACAUUACAAGGUAAACAUAAGCCAACUUUUUCCCCCAAUAGAGAUCAUGGAGAUUAUGUAGUAGUUACAAAUUGUUCACACCUAAAGAUAACGGGAAAUAAAUUAAAAGAUAAAACAUAUUGGCAUCAUACUUCAAGACCAGGUACUUUGAAUUUAAUACCAAUGGAAAGAAUGAUUUCAAAUAAAGGAUAUGGAGAAAUUUUAAAAAGAGCAGUAAAAGGAAUGAUACCUAAAAAUAAACAUAGAUUAGUAAGAAUGGAUAGAUUGAAGUUAUAUGAUGGUGACGAACAUCCAUAUAAAGAUAAUCUAAUAGCUUUUGCUGAUGAAAUUAAAGAAAUGAAAGAAAAAUUGGCAAAAUUAGAAAUAAAUGAAGCUAAAAGAGCAGAAUUGAGAGCUAAAUAUUUAUCCAAUUAA